UCGGAUUUCCCAUUGGGUCUCUCAAUUCAUUCCAACCGCAAUACUGCCUGUACCGUAAAUAGAAAAGCUUGCCAGAAUGCUAGCCUCAAAUACCGGACGCCGGUUGUUACAGCAGCCACUGCAGCGGCACAAUUGGAUCCGGUCGGUGGGAUCGGUGUUCGUACGGAAGCAAACGCGGAGUAGUGUUUCCGAUGCUCCCGGGUCGGCGGCGGCCAAGGUCUUCGUGAGUCACAGUAUUCCUACGACGGCUGGAUUCGGCCAACGAGUUUGGAGAGCGUACACACGACGUCUCGAAAAGUCACCCCUCUGGACCAAAGCAACGAUGGCGGCCGUGAUAUUCUUUGUCAGUGACUCGGCUACCCAGUUACUUUUACCGCAGCCGUUCGACCCGACAAGCACGUCUUCUGGAACCGAGUCCGCGACAUCCUGGAAGGCUUCGAGAGCGUUCUCGGGAGCCGGUUUCGGCGUUAUUGCCACCACGUGGUUGCACUACUGGUGGGGAUUUUUGGAAAUGGCCGUGGGUACACGGUUGCCGGUCGCACGGCACCGAUUCGCCAAUACGAUUACCAAGGUCGUACUGGAUCAAGGUAUUGGCGCACCUUGCUAUAUCUAUUCGUAUUAUGUCUUGACCAAUUUUCUACAAAGGCUACACCCCCAAGCUACUUGGAAUGAGCUACAUACUGCGUGGACGGAAACAUCCCAAAAGGCUUCCGACAUGCUCUGGCCUACCAUGUUUCAACACUGGCGGCUUUGGCCAGCCGUCCACACGCUCAAUUUUUACUACACGCCACUCCACCAUCGUGUAUUGGUGCAAAAUACGGUACUGAUUGGGUGGAGCGCCUACUUAUCUCAUUUAAAUUUUAACGACACGAACAAGCUCAUGACACCAAACGAAGAGAUCAAUGUUUCCAUUGCACGCCGUGAAACAGCCCGUGCCCUGGCCAAGAUUGAAACGCAACGACUUCAACAUCCCCAGACAGAUAUCCAUUCCUCUCUGGAUGAAGCUGGCUCUCUGGAUGACGCCGUCGUUUCCCCAAAGAGAACAAGAAUGAGCUUGGGAACUCAAUAG